GAUCAAAUUCAAUAACCCUAUCUAUAUUUUCCCUUAUUUAUUGCCCUUUUCUCCUCACCUUCACUUUACCCCUUAGAUGCUUCUAAAGCUUAAUUCAGCCUUCUUCCUCAUCUCUUUCCUCCAAUGUUUCUAAGACUCUCGCGUGGAAGAAGCUGUAAAACACAAAGCACACCUAAGUUGGUGUUUGCAGAUGCAGCAUCUUCAAGAUUCACAAACAAUCUUAGCUUUUCUUAUUAAUGAAGGUUCUUCCUUCAUUUCAUGUUGAUCUUGGAAAGCUUGGAUCAUCUGAGAAUCUUGAUGAUGCUGCAUCAGCAGAUACUUGACUCGUAUAUUAUUACCAUGCUCAAGCUUUUAUCGGCCCCAAAAAAAAGGCUUUAGCUUAUGCUUAUGCUUAUGCUCGGUGCUUCAAGACUUUUAAGGAGAGUGACUGGUGCAUGAGGGAGAUGAGUAGGUGGGUUGCUCCGAUGGAGAGAAGUUUUUGACUCGUACUCCGGCGAGAAAAUUCUGGUGAGUUCGUCACACCAUUAUCGUACCAAGGAAAACCCACCACCGGUGCAAUGGAUGCCUCACCACCGGCAUAGGCGGCGUGAUAGUCAAUCCAGCACAGGUAGAGGCGUUUGAUCAUGGACACCUAUUCUUUCUUUUUUUUUUUUUUUAAAUAAAAAACGUGAUCAUAUGGAUCCGAUAGUGGUGAAGUGGAAACAACAGGGAGAGGUUUAGUAGUGGUGGCAACGGUGGCUAAUCUAGUGCGGGUGGUGGAAGAAGAAAAAAAAAGGGAAGUGAGAGACGUGGGCAGGUAUGUGGGUGACUGGUGGGAAGGUUGUUUCGAAAAGUCGGAAGGGGAGGCGAUGUGCGAGUUGGUGACUCUAUCUUAGGCGAUUUGGGGGGCUAGAUGCAAGAUGUUAAUGGAAGGUGAUCUGAGGGGGGCUAUCCUAUGGCCACAUGGCAAUAUGCAAAGAAGAUAUGUAAAGAAGCCUAGCUUGGAAAUUAGCCAAACUCGCCACAAGGGAGGAGCUGUUGCUGCCCCCCACGCAAGUGAAUGGGCCAAGCCCAUCGAUGGAACCGUGAAGCUCAAUAUUGAUGCGGGCCAAAUUGGGGUUGGUGGGUGCGGGUUAGGUGCGGUGUUCCGUGAUGAGAAGGGUGAUGUACUAGCUGCUGGUGCGUUUCAAUUCGAGGUCCCUUGGGAGCCGCGUGUAGCGGAAGCAAAGGCGAUUUAUCAUGGUCUCAAACUGGCGAAGGAGUUAGGCUACCGUCACUUGGAGGUGGAGAGUGAUAGCCUUCUAGCGAUACAAGCUUUAAGAAAGGGUAGAGGGGGAUCUAGUGAGUUUCAUUUAAUUAUAGAUGACAUUUUAGAUUUGGUUGUUUGUUUUGAUUUUCUUGUUUGGUCUUUUGUGAAACGUUCCGGUAAUAAUGUUGCUCAUAUGUUGGCUCAUCUCCAACCUUGGGAGAUUGGCAAACGUGUUUGGGUGGAUGAUAUUCCGGUUGAUGUUAUGUCUUUGGCUAUGAAUAUAUAAUAUGAUCUCCCUCUUGGGUUUCCCCUCAAAAAAAAAAAAAAAAGGGGAAGUGAAGGAAAUGGAGAGAGGGAAAAAAAUGGAAAGUGAAAUGAAAAGAAAAGGUGUACACAUACAGUAUAAAAAUAUGUAUUUAGAGUAUUAGUAAAAAAUUCUAGUACGUCAAAUAGCAAAAUCUUUACUUUUAAUGCGUAAUUUGUAGUACUUGUUUUGUCCACCAUACAUACUUACCCGUUCCAUAAUAAGUGAAACAAUUCUCUCUUUUAUGUGAGAACUUUUUUAGAAAAGUAUUUUACACUUUUACUUAUUAUGGAACGGAGAAAGUAUUAUUUUUAUCAGUUCUUGUUCUU